AUGUUGGAUGGAUUAUGCAAGGGUGGACACAUCGAGGAAGCAGUGGAUUUGUUGCACAAGAUGGAAAUUCAGAGAUUGGAUCUCAAACAUAUAAGUAUGUACGUCGUCAUUCUUGAUGGAUCAUGUAAAAUUGGGAGGCUUGAUGGUGCUCAAGAUCUUUGCAAUAGUCAUUUUCUCAAGGGAUUGGAUCCUGAUGUCGUAACAUACAGCACCAUGAUUCUAGGCCUCUGCUCAAAAGGUUUGCUUAAGGAAGCUAAAGACUUUCUUAUAAAGAUGGAAGAGAAUGGUUGUUCGGCAGAUAGGAUCACAGACAAUAAUGUUAUUGUCCAAGGACUUCUUUUGGGUGGUAAAUAUGAUGACGCACUGGGUUCAUUCAGACUCUCUCAGUUUGAGUGGAUACAUAUUUUUGCCAUUUGCUUGUCAUAUCAAAGCUUUUCUUCGUUUGUCCAAAAUGCUACUUCUGGUAGGUGGUCACUUUUUCAUUGCUGUGGCACACUGGACUUGCGGUUAAGAGGAAUGAGUCAGACAGACUCGAAGAAUGGGAAUGAGCCUUCAUUUUCCUGGCAUAGGUUUUGGAGACAGGCGUUCAUCAGGUAA